AAUUUGCAAGUUGCCUUAAGUUUUCAUAGGGUCCAGCUUUUUACAGUCUGAUCGCAGCUAUUUACAGUGUAAUAAUAGAUUUCAGCGAUGUCAAAUUUCAUAUGACAAGCGCUGAUUUCUUCCUGUAUAAUUCAUACAGUGAAAGAUUGGCGGAUGUUCUAAAUAACCACGGCCAAAUAAAUGUGCAUCCCAAAUUUGCUGUAUUUAACAGUAAAUCAUUAGGUAAAAGACGAGCCGAUGAAAUUGAUGAUGGCAAUUGUGCCUUGGUAUGUAUUUAUGUCAUUAAUAGUUUAAAUAUAUACUCACUUUCCAGUCUUAUGUAGAACACCGAAGCUCGUAGAACCAUACCUGUAAGCUAAAAAACGUAUUCAUAUGACUAUUU